GUCCAAGCUACCCCGACAAUCAGCUGAAGUCCGAAUCACGAGGUCGAUCCACGGAGACUCGACGCGUGCCAAAAGGAGGGUGUUCUGUGUCUUGGUCCAACAAGGAAACCAAUUCCUUGCAACCCCAAGCUGCUUGUAGGAGGGAGCUCCCGCACCCCUGCCACAUCUGCGGUUUGGCGCGAGAGUGCCCCUUCAAGUUCUCGCGCCCCUGACCAGGUCAAUCUUGGCCCUUUCGGAUUACACAACGACAUAACCCAGCCCGUGAUGGCAGCCAGUCUCCUUCGAGCCUUCGGCCUGGCCAGUCCUGACACCAGGGAGCAAGUCAUCAUCGGCAUUGCUGAGCGCCUGGGCGAAGACGAGCUUCGAUUGUUCCAAGAGGCUCGGAGACGGUUGGAGCACAGGGUCGAUAUCCUCUGUGGCACCUCCCGUGUCUCGAGGGCUCAGCUGCCACACGAGAUUCAGCUUCAGAUCGUCAGCCUGCUCGGGGUCACAGAUCUCUACCACUGUACCAACGUCUGCCGUAGAUGGAGAUGUCUACUGCUGCAAAGCAGCCAGCUGUCCGACAAUCUGCUCAAAAAGCACUUCCCGGGAUUCUUCGAUGACACGUACAACGCGCCCGAGACGCUUCCCAAAGCCCUUAGGAAGCGAUAUCUCAGAGAUUCCGCCAGAUUUCGGACCAGGUUCACGUGUGGACUUUUCAAGAAUCCCGAUGGAACGUUCGCCAUGGAUCGCGUUGAAGGCUUACACCGAGGCCGAACUUUUAAGGAUCUCGCCUGCGCCGGUUCCAUCAGCUUUCGACCGUCCCCCUCAGCCAGAACAGCAAGAGAUUCGCCGCCAGACGCAUACGCUAUUCCAUACCACGGCUCGAGCAGUGCUGUGAGCAAUUAUUCUUAUUCUAGUGGUUAUUUGGUAUGGCAAUCGACGCCAGCUCCCGGUGAAUGGGCACACCCGAUUAUCGUGCAUGACUUCCGUGCACAUCAACGCUGGGAUCUUUCCCUGCCCUCUAUGCGGACCAAAGGGAUCAAGUUAUUGCUUUGUGCACUUGGGAAUGAGCUCGUUGUGGCUAGAGUGGCUGGGGAGAGAAUUGUAUACGCAUGGGACUUGGUGUCGCGAGCCGUCGAUCGCGUCACUCUUCCCACCCCACCAAGCAAAUGCUUUACAAGAAACCACUCAGUCGUGAUUGUGAGCCAAAGUGGCGAUGUGUUACUCUGGUCCUUCCGUCAUGGCUUGGAAGAUGUCGAUACAACCAUACCAAAAGAUGAAAGCGCCCAUCGAGGAUCCCAACGACGCAGACAUAUUCUCAACAGACCCCUAUCAAUCCUUGAACUCAACGAGCUGACUAUCAUGUUCCAUCCCAGGCACGAUGAUGUGUUCUUUCUGGCAACAUACAACGACAAGAAUCUCAACCCUGACGAACUCUGGGUGUGCGAGUACAGGGACAAGCGGUGUUGUCAGAUUUUCACAUAUCGCGUACCAAUUCUUUGGCACAGACCUCACUCGAUGAUUUUCAGCCCUCGGCUGAUUGACGCGCAUGGUACGUAUCGGCUCUUGGAACAAAGACAAGGAACUCGCGAGGGUGUCCAAAUCCGCAGUGUCACAUUCAACACCAUUAGCAAAUCGUUCGGGGCUCUCGGGUUCCAGGCACCGAAUCAUACUGAUGCCGAGAGCUUUUUACUCUGGAAUGAUCAGAUGGUACUCAAAUACGACCCAGAAGGACCACUUAUUAGGCCCUGGCCCUUACUGGUAGUGGGGCCAUCGUCCGGCUCUCGCAGCCUUGAAGCAGCCGCGGCUGCGGCUGCGACAACCGGAAGUCCUCCACUCGAGUUGGCCAUGGAAUGUUUGAUCAAAGCUGCGACAUCGCUGGAAACAGCUAGCAGUAGUUUGACUCCUUCCCACCGGCUUCGAACUAUGAUUGAAGCCCUGGAACACUGGAAGCAAAGGCAUGAUAUCAUUCGGGCCCCAGACGUCCCCGAAUCAAUGCCGGAAAUUUGUACUACUAUUGGUCUGCGGCACCUACUGUUGUUCUAUAGCGGUCAGUGCAACUGGGAGGGGGAUCACGUCAGAGACUGCCCGGGGAUGUUUGGUCUACCAAAACCUCUGGUUCGUUCGUGGGCAACUGAUGGCGACGAUGACUUCUUGGUCAUUUUAAACCAAGACUACUAUACCGUCCUUGCCGUGGAUGAAGACGGUGAGGUGGCCAAGGCAAUCCGAGAGAGCACCACGCACCGAGCAGAGGAAGUGUCUAACGAGUCUGGUCAACACAUGGUAUAUGAACGUUUGGAGAUAUAGCUGAUAUUACGAGAUUCUUUGAUAAGAUGGAAACUCGACUGUCAAACAACCUUCAGCAACAAAUAUUCAGUCCUAGGAACCAUCCAAUGCCCAAUAGCCCCCAAUCUCCUCAAA